AUGACCUGCGAAGCCUGCCGCACCAUCCCCCCCGUGAUCUCCUCAGGAUACACACCCAAGGGGACAUACACCCAAAUUGCCGAUCUAAAGACAUAUAUAACCGGCCCCCCAACAGCCACCACCGGCAUCAUCGACAUCUACGACAUCUUCGGCCUGUCAAACCAAACCAUCCAGGGCGCAGAUCUCCUCGCCGCACGACUCAAUGCCCUCGUCCUAGUGCCGGAUUUCUUCCACGGCGAGCGGGCAGAUCUCGCGUGGUUCCCGCCCGAUACGGAGGAGAAGAAGGCGGCGCUGUUUGGGUUUAUUAAUACGAAGGCGGCGGUCAAGGACAAAGUGGAGGUGGUGCGGAGGGUGGCGGAGGAUGCGAGGGGGAGGUUUGGGGGGGUGAGGAGUUGGGGGGCGGUUGGGUUGUGUUGGGGUGGGAAGGUUACUGCGCAGGUCUCAGGACCGAAUUCGCCGUUUGUUGCGACGGGACAGGUGCAUCCUGGGUUCAUGGAUGUCGAGGAGGCUAAGAAGUUGACGGUUCCGCAUAUUGUGCUUGCGUCGAAGGAUGAGCCGGUUGAGGCUGUCAAGGGGUAUGCUGAGGUUAUUGCUGGCAAUGGCAUUGGAGGCGUGGUCGAGACGUAUCCGACCAUGUGGCAUGGCUGGAUGGGUGCUCGUGCUCAGUUGGAGACUCCGGAGGGGUUGGCGGAGUAUCAGCGGGGGUACAAUCAGCUGGCUGGUUUCUUUGAAAAGUAUCUCAAGUCGGAGGCGAAGAUCUAG